AUGUGUUUAAUAAAAAUGAUAUUAAAUAAACAGCAAAGUUUUUUGAAAUUUAUUAUAAUUUUAUUUCUACUAAAUCUAGUCAAUUGUUAUCCGGUAAACAGAGAUAAUUUAAUUAAUAAAAUUAGCAUAAAGGAGGAGAAACACUUUCCCAAUGGCACUGUUACUGGCCAUUAUAAGUACGUAGAUAAAGAAGGUGUUCCGGUACAUGUAAGAUAUUACGCAGAUGAUGCAGGAUAUGGCGUUGAAUUGAAAAGUAUGAAAGUGUUCGACGGAUCCAAUGAUCAAGACAACACACAUUUAGACAAGCAACAAAAAUUAGACAGCCUGUGGCCGCCGCUGGAUUCAUCAACUGAUUUUCCACAGGACUAUCCAAACCCUAUUAUAAGUAACCCCACGAACACAACCAAAAACAAGUUCCUCUCACUUAAUGAUUUGACUAAAGCUAAUAAAGCUGUUUAUCCGAAGAAAGCUUACAAAAACUCACCGGAUUAUGAAAUAUAUUUGCAAAAUGAAGUUCACGCACCGAAAUGUGGUCAGAAUAAAGUGCGAAUUUAUAUAGACAAGGGCAAACGAAAAUCUCGUGAAGCAUCUAAUGUGGCUACUUUUAAGUAUUUCGACUAAUUACUCUUGUAUCUAGAAA